AUGCGCACGCCAUGCGGGUGGGCGCGGAGGAUGGGCGUCUGGGCCGUGCUACUGCUGCUCUGGCUGGGCCUGGCCGAGGGCAUGCGAGAGCAUCAGAUUAAACAGUUGAGGCAAGAAACGGAACAGAUGUUCUACCACGGCUUCGACAACUACCGGGCCCACGCGUUCCCCGAAGACGAACUGCGCCCAUUGACCUGCGGCCCUCUCACUCGCAACCAGACUACCGAUAGCGCGCUGACUGAUGUCCUGGGCAAUUAUUCAUUGACAUUGAUUGACAGCCUAUCGACACUGGCAAUCCUGUCGUCGAGUCCCGAGAACGGAGAAAAGUCCUUGUCGCAUUUCCAGAAUGGAGUUCGGGAUUUUGUCAAAUUGUAUGGAGACGGGUCGGACGGUCCUGCUGGUCAAGGAGAGCGGUCAAGGGGGUUUGACCUGGAUAGCAAGGUGCAGCUGUUUGAAACGGUCAUCCGAGGAUUAGGUGGCCUUCUCAGUGCCCAUCUCUUCGCGGUGGGCGACCUCCCCAUCACCACCUACGAUCCACCAGAGCAUGAAGUGGCCUUUGCAAAUGCAUGGGAUAAAACCUCGUUUUCCAAAUCAGACCACGGUAUUACAUGGAGUAAUGGGUUGAUCUACGAUGGUCAACUUCUUCGACUCGCGGUGGAUCUGGCCAAUCGUCUCCUGCCAGCGUUCUAUACCGAGACGGGCCUUCCAUACCCUCGUGUGAAUCUACGUCAUGGUGUACCGUUCUACACGAACUCUCCUCUGAAUACCAACUCUCCCAAGUCCAAGAAAGAGUCAGAGGACGAGGCUACGGAGACAUGCAGCGCCGGCGCGGGUAGCUUGGUGCUCGAGAUGACCGUCUUAAGCAGGCUCACGGGGGAUGGCCGAUAUGAGGAUCUAGCAAAACGGGCUUUUUGGGCGGUUUGGGUUCGUCGAAGUGUAAUUGGUCUGAUUGGGUUUGGAAUCGAUGCCGAGUCGGGUAAAUGGAUGAGUCCAUACUCCGGGAUUGGUGCUGGGACUGACAGCUUUUUUGAAUAUGCGUUCAAGUCCCACGUCCUUCUGUCCGCUGGGGAGCAUCAACCAUUCGAUUCCAGCAAUCCUUGGGUGGCUAUGGAUGAUUAUUAUGCUCCCUUGAAAGAACAGCAGCACUCAGCGGAAGCUUUUUUGGAUGUCUGGGAAGAAUCUCAAGAGUCCAUCAAUCGCCAUUUGUAUCGGGGCGAGGGCUAUCAAUAUCCCCAUUUUAUCCUAGGGGAUGUCCUCACCGGUGCUACCCGCGGUUUCUGGAUCGACAGCCUCAGUGCCUACUAUCCAGGGCUUCUCACCCUAGCCGGUAAGGUGGACGAGGCCAUCGAAGUGCAUCUGCUGGCAACUGCCAUCUGGACGCGUUACUCCGGUCUUCCUGAGCGGUGGAACGUGGCUACGGGCGACAUCGAGGGCGGUCUUGGGUGGUACGGUGGUCGGCCCGAAUUCAUCGAGUCCACCUAUUAUAUCUACCGGGCCACUCAAGAUCCCUGGUAUCUACACGUUGGGGAAAUGGUACUUCGCGACAUCAAGCGACGGUGCUGGACCAAGUGCGGUUGGGCCGGCAUCCUUGAUGUCCUGACUGGUGAACUCAUCAACCGGAUGGAGAGCUUUUUCCUGGGCGAGACGGCCAAGUACCUAUUUUUGCUUUUCGAUCCGGGCCAUCCGCUCAAUCACAUCGAUGCCCCGUGGGUAUUUUCUACCGAGGGCCAUCCGCUCGUUAUUCCAAAGAGAACAAUGGCCUCGCGCCAGCCCCGUUCUCAGCAAGAGCAACCGGAUUGGAAAGUGACUGACGUGUGUCCGGUCAGUCCUCCUCUGGCACUGGGUAUCUCAUCCACUGCCUCUCGUUCUGAUUUGUUCCAUGCCGCCCACUUGGCCCGUUUGGAUCUCAUGCCGACGCGAGGUCUGGCCGAGGGACCUAUUUUAGAGGACUCACCGGAUCAUCCGAGUGUGUCGGUGUCCGAUCUGUCGUCCCCAAGCAACUACACCUUCUACCCAUGGACGCUGCCACCGCAGCUCGUGCCUUUCAACGCAACCAGUGCGCCAAUGACUCUCCGUCCCACGCUCGACAUCUCUUUUCCGUCUUUGCCAGGCAGCGUCAAUUUAGGGCCAGGCGCGCUGGAACGAGUACAGGACGGGGUGUUUGUCAAAACAAUCGGUGGUCUGAGGCUCAGCAUGGUCCAGGAUGGCCCGUAUGAUACGAACCGUCACGGAAACGAAGACGCAUACCGGGUCCAAGUGGUCAACAAUGUGCCUCUGGGCAAAGAUGAGAAGGUAUACCUCUCGCGCGAGAUCACGUUUGAUGUCGUUGAUCCCUCCGAUCCCAACUUCACCCGAGUCCGCGACACCUCCAUGCUUGACCUCGUCAUUGACGUUCUUCCAGAACCCGCUCGCCGACGCAAUGGUUCAAAUGCUCCACGACCUCAACAGUCUAAGGCAGAACGUCCAGAAUCUGGAGAAGCGCAAUUCGGGCGGCGCAAACCCGCCCCCUCCAUCGUCGACGCCGGGCCGGACUCGGCCAUGAAAACUAUGCUUUCGUCACUGGUCAAUUCCAUGUCGUCCUUUUUCCAGGAUGAGCCGUCAGCGGACACGGUGCGUCUCAGUUUACCGGCCAGUAUGGCCACGGGCGUCGGAGCAGCUCCAAUGCCCGACGUCGAGGACGCCACCACCGUUUCGAUCACUCGCCUCCCAUCCCUCAGCCGUCUCUCAUGGUCCACCAUCUACUUCGCCGACGAACUCUGUCACGAACGCCUCCUGCGGGAGGCCGCACAGACCCACGAGGUGCUCGUCAUCAAGCGCGGCGACUGCACCUUCUCUGAGAAACUGCGCAACAUCGCCGCAUUCCGGCCAUCGCGCUCAGCGCUGAAGCUCGUCAUCGUCGUCUCAUAUGACGAAGGUCCAACAAGUCAUUCAAUGGAUGAUGCAACCCUCGCCGCCGUCCGCGCAGAGCCUUUCCUUGUUCGUCCACACCUGGAAGAAAGCCAGAUCACUGCCGGCGGGAUUCCGCGUCCGCAUCCUAUUAGUUUAAUCAUGCUUGGCGGAGGAGACGAGACGUACGAGCUCCUGCGGCAUGCGACGGGCAUCGGUAUAAGGAGACGGUACAUGAUCCACUCGCAGGGAGUGCCGGUUAACAACGUUUAUAUCCUGUAG